AUGUUUCGGACAAGGUUUGAUCCCCGGAUCACUUCAAGGUAUGACAUCAAGGCUCUGAUUGGUCGGGGAAGCUUCAGCCAUGUGGUGCGUGUUGAGCACAGGUACACACACCAGCCCUUUGCUAUCAAACUCUUGGAGGUCAGAGAGCACAAGGGUCAUGAUACAUGUCAUGUUGAGCUUGGGAUUCUGCAAAGGGUCCACCACGCUAACAUCAUUCAUCUGGUGGAGGUAUUUGAAACUCCUCACCAUGUUUAUCUUGUCCUAGAGCUGGCCACAGGAGGAGUGCUGCUGGAUUGUGUAGUUUCUUGAGGCUCCUUCACAGAGCAUGAUGCCACCAAAGCACUUAUCAUGGUGUCCAGAGGACUAAGCUACAUCCAUGCACUGGGAGUAAUUCACCAGGACUUGAAACCAGAAAACUUGCUGCACUACCAUCCAGGGCAGGACUCACGCCUAAUCAUAACCGACUUUGGCCUGGCCUGCUGGAGCCAAAGGUCACAACACUGGGCACUGAGGACACUAUGUGGCACCCCAGAGUACAUGGCUCCUGAGAUGGUGGCUGGUAGUACAUAUGGCUGUGAAGUGGACAUGUGGGCCAUGGGCAUGAUCUCCUACAUCGUUCUGAGUGGUUCCAUGCCCUUCGAGCAGCGCAGCCGACCUCGUCUGUUCACAGCCAUUCUUAGAGGCAGCUACACCUUCCAUGGCCAACCAUGGAGCUCAAUCUCUGACCAGGCAAAAGACUUCAUAGAUCAUGUGCUGAGUGUCAACCCUGACCAACGAAUGUCUGCAGAGCAAGCUCUUAAACACCACUGGCUGCGCAACAUGGCUGCCUGCUCCUCUAACAUGAACCUCCAUUGGCCAAUAUCACAAAAUUUUCCAUCAGCGGGCUUAAUGCGCCUCCAAUUAUAG